ACAGAGGCAGCAUCUGGGUGGGACCUAGUGCUGCCAACAGUCUCUUAUUACAAGGGACCCGGCCCGGCUCAGCACCGGCCCUGGCCGCCCACAGCUCAGCGCCCUGGACAGGACCCGGACCGGCUCAGCACCGGACCUGGCCGCCCACAGCUCAGCGCCCUGGACAGGACCCGGCCCGGCUCAGCACCGGACCUGGCCGCCCACAGCUCAGCACGGGGGAGGUACCAGAGGCAGGGGCACAGUGACAGACGUGCCAGCUCCUGCCCUGCGGAGAAAUGUCUGGCCAGAAGAGGAUGUGGCCGGACUGGCCUGACAGCGCCUGGGAGCUGGUGCCACCGAAAACUGCCCGGCUCUCCCCGGAGCCAGGGCCCAGCUGGAGGACGGAUCCUUGCGCCAUCCUCACUGACUUGGGAAAGCUCUGUGACCACAGCCCCCAGCAACUCCUACCCUUCCUGCUGGACCACGACUACCAGCUGGAGCAGGUCGUGGAGAGCCCCGGCCUGAGCCCCGCCAGGGUGUAUACGCUGCUGCGGGCCCUGAAGGUGGCGGUGGAGUGCGCUGGUGAGCCGGAGCAGGUCCAGCCGGUCCUGGCUCUGGCGCUGAGACCAGCUUUCGUGCUUAGGAGUCUGCUGGGUUUCAUUGCCGAGCUGGAGAGCUUCCAGCACCAGGAUGGGCAGAUCUCCCAGGAGGUGAUGGAGGACACGGUGGCUGCCCUGCACCAUCUGCUGACGGCGUCCCCCGAGCAGACAAAGACCCUCCUCUGCUACCCUGUGGACCUUCUCUUCGCCACCGUCCAGAGACUCCAGAGCCGCGGCUUUCAGUUUACAUGGAUCAUCCAGAAACGGCUUCACGACACCAAGAGCCUGGUGGACUCGGCCUUCCCGCGGUGCAGUGCGCCCCUCGCCUCGCCAGCCUGCCGGGAGGAUUUCCACGCCAUCCCCAUCUUCCCAACCCCGGAGGAGAUAUUUGUGGACCCUGGGCAGAAGCUGAAGCGCAACCUCCCCGUUGGGAAGUACGCGAGCGACGCGGCCUACCUGGACACGCACUUCCGCCUGCUGCGGGAGGAUUUCGUCCGGCCCCUGAGGGCCGGGAUCUCGGCUCACUUCUCCCUGCAGAACGUGUUCGGGGGCGCUGGGAAGCAGAGGGGGGCGCUGCGGCUCUAUAGGAACGUGCAGCUGGUGAAGGUGGGCACCUCCCCAGCUGGUGCCAUGUACAUGGCCAGGUUCCAGGCCCCGCAGGGCUCCGCCCACGCCUCCUCCAAACGGCUGCUGAGCGGCUCCCUGACCUGCCUCAUCUCCAGCGACUGUGGCCAGGUGUUGUUUGGGACCGUGGUGGGGGGCAACAGGCCUCAGCUCCUGAAGGGGGCCGUGUGGUUGGACAUUAAGGCAAACCACAGCGAUCUCCUGACGAGGCACCUGGGGAAAACCAACUUCAUCAUGGUGGAGUCGCCGGCCUUCUUCGAGUCCUACCGGCACGUGCUGGAGGGGCUGCAGGAGCUGGACCCCGCCCGGGUGCCGUUCCAGAGCUACGUCGUGCAGUGCCGCACCCCCGUCGCCCCACCCGCGCACUUUGGAGAGGACGUGACCUUUGACCUCUCUGUUCUGCAACCCACUGGGCGAGCGGACAAAGAGCCCAUGGGGGACACAUCUGAGGGGCACGUGACCGCGGUGGACCUGACGGCCGUGAGACCUUGCGACACCUAUAUGUGGUCUCCAGAGACAUUUCCUCACUUAGAUGAGUCUCAGAUCUUGGCCAUUCGAAUGGCCCUGACCAGGGAAUUUGUGCUGAUUCAGGGCCCACCUGGGACAGGCAAAACCUUCAUUGGGCUGCAGAUCGUGGAGAUCCUGUUGAGGAAUCAGUCUCAGUGGUGGAAGGACCAGAGACCCUUCCUGGUCGUCUGCUACACAAACCAUGCUCUGGACCAAUUUAUGGAAGGGAUCCUGCAGUUCCAGCCCUCCGGCGUGGUGCGCAUUGGGGGAAGGAGCAGAAGCGACAAGGUGGCAGCGUGCUCCUUGAGGAACCUUCGCCAACAGCAGCUGCCAGCGCUCCUGGGGGCCGCGGAGAAGCACCAGUAUGGCUGGAUGCGGAAGGCCUUGCAGAAGCAGAAGGAGAGCAUCGCCUACCGCACCGCGGUGCUGGAGCUCCUCCGCCGAGGGAUCCUCACGGACACAGAGCUGGCAGCGGAGAUCCGCGAUGACAACCUGGAUUGCUCCUGGAGAGCGGGGCGCUUCGACAUGUGCGACUGGCUGAAGAUCUACCCCGUGGCGCAGGAGGAGAAGCCGUCCCAGGCUCAGGGCGGGGGCAGGAAGGCAGGCGCGGAGGAAGAGCUCUGGCCGUGCCACAGGGAUGAGCGGGCCCUGGAUGACGAGGACGAUUUGGACCCUUCCGAGUGGCGGCGGAGCACAGUGGAGGAGAAGUUUGCUUACAUCCUCCCCGCCGAGGGCAGCUCCUCACACCAAGGGAUACGCAAAUGCUUGGAGGAGGGUGACAUCAUGACCGACGAGGACGUCGCGAACGUGAGAGACGUCUGGGAGCUGCGGCUGAGGGAUCGCUGGUGUCUCUACAGGAGAUGGAUGCUGGCCUACGAGCGUGAGCUGAAGGAGACGCUGGUGGAGAAGCUGAAGGAGUACGAGAAGAAGGCAGCCCAGCUAGCGGAGCUGACCUUCCAGGAGGACCUGUGGGUGCUGAAACGAAGCCGGGUCAUUGGCAUGACGACAACAGGGGCUGCCAAGUACCGAAAGCUCUUGCAGAAAAUCCAGCCCCACACUGUGAUUGUGGAAGAGGCAGCAGAGAUCCUGGAAGCUCACGUUCUAACCUGCCUCACGCCGGCCUGCAAGCACCUCAUCCUGAUUGGAGAUCACCAGCAGCUGCGGCCCAAACCCGCCGAUUACACCUUGGAGAAGAAGUAUUUCCUCGGCAUCUCCCUGUUCGAGCGCAUGAUAAAUAAUCAGAUCCCCUAUGUGCAGCUGCUCUAUCAGCACCGCAUGCGCCCAGAGAUUUCCCAGCUGCUGGUGCCGCUCUUUUACAAACAGCUCAAAGACCACGAUGCCGUUGCUGAAUACGAACAGAUCAAGGGCGUGGAGAGCAGUGUCUUCUUCAUCCAGCACACAGCGGCCGAGAGCAACAGCGCUGACUCCGAGAGCUACAGCAACAGGUUUGAGGCUGCCUUCCUGGUCUCGCUGAGCAGAUACCUCCUAGAUCAGGGAUACCACGAGAGCCAAGUCACCGUUCUGACCCCCUACCACGGCCAGGUGCUGAAAAUCCGCACGCUGAUGAGGAGCAGGGACAUGGGAGACGUGGCUGUCCAUGCCGUGGAUGACUUUCAAGGGGAGGAGAAUGACAUCGUUCUUCUCUCGCUGGUACGAAGCAACAGAGAAGGGAGGAUUGGUUUCCUCCAGGAUAAAAAUCGGCUCUGUGUGGCUCUCUCACGGGCCAGGAAGGGCUUCUAUUGCAUUGGAAACCUCGCUGGCAUUGCAGCUGGCUCCAACAGCCAACUGUGGAAAGAUAUUCUACGUCUCCUAAAGAGAAAGAAACUUACGGGGGAAGGCCUGACGCUGGUGUGUCAAAAUCACCCCGAUACCAAGACAGUGGUGAAGGAGAGUUCGGACUUCAGUAAAAUCCCUGACGGAGGCUGCACGCUCCAGUGCCAAAUCCGUCUGGAAUGCGGCCACCCCUGCACGCGCCGCUGCCACCCGUACGACAGGGAUCACAGCCUGUACGUUUGCCAGUUCCAGUGCUCCAAGCUGUGUGAGCUCAACCACAGGUGUCCGAGAAAGUGCAAGGAACCUUGCGAACCUUGUUCCGUGGAAGUGGAAAAAGUCAUUCCAAAGUGUGGGCACCUCCAGACCGUCCCCUGUCACAUGCCAGCGGAUCACUGGCUCUGCCAGGAGCCGUGCAAGCAGCUUCUGGAAUGCAAACACCCAUGCACACGCCGCUGUGGGGAAGCCUGCAGCACCUGCAGGUGCAAGGAAAUGAUUGACAUCACUCUGCCCUGUUCUCACGUAAUGAGAACUGAAUGCUACAAGCAGAAAAUGCCUCCGAUCUGCCUUGAGACAUGCAACCAGAAACUCGAGUGUGGACACCACUGCAAAGGAAACUGCUAUGAAUGCGUGCAGGGCAGGCUGCAUGUCCACUGCCGUAACAAGUGCACGAGGGUCCUUCUGUGUUCCCACCAGUGCCAGGAAUCGUGUUUUGAGAACUGUCCUCCGUGCAAGAGACAGUGCCCCAACCAGUGCAGACACAGCCGCUGUGAUAAGCCAUGCGGGGAGAUCUGUUUUCCCUGCAUACAGCCCUGUUCCUGGAAAUGCAGGCACUACCGGUGCACACAGCUGUGCUCCGAGACGUGCAAUCGCCCCCGCUGCAGCGAGCCCUGCCAAAAAUCACUCAAAUGCAGCCACCCCUGCGCAGGCCUCUGUGGAGAGCCGUGUCCGCCCAAGUGUCGCACGUGCCACAGAGAUGAGCUGGCCGAGAUUUUCUUUGGGGCCGAAGACGAGCUGGAUGCCCGUUUCGUUGUCUUAGAAGACUGCGGACACAUUUUGGAGGUGCAGGGCCUGGAUCGCUGGAUGGACGGCGAGCCAGACAAUGCUCAGGCCCAACACGUCCAGCUGAAGGUGUGCCCCAAAUGCGCGACACCCAUCCAGCAUAACACACGUUACAACAACGUGAUCAAGGCCAUCCAGCAAAAAAUCAAGGAGAUCAAAUUGAAGAUUCAGGGAAACAGGGAAGAACUUGAAGCUGGAAAGCAGCAACUGCUCCUUCGGCUGAACAGCGACAGAGACCUCGUGGCCUGGGCGGGUAUGGAAAGAAGCAUUCUGAACACGGUCUCCCGUCAGAGCCUUCUGGACUUGGAGAACUCCCUAAAUUUCUUUGCAAGUCUCUCCAGACUGAAGCAACAAGCGAAGAAGUGCACAGCGGCGAGAGAACGCAAUUUGAAACGGAAGAUUGAGGCCGUGGAGCACUGGAUCGGCAGAAACAGACACGCCUUCACAGCUCAGCAGCUCAGGGAAUGCAGGAAUGAGAUCAAGAGGAUAUCGUACCUGGGAAACAUCUUUGAGCGGCUGAGUGGCUACGAAAACAAACAAGCAUCCCCCGAGGCCCUGGCCCUUGCUAAUGAAGCCAUAGGCGUCCUCCAGCGGCAGGACCCUUUCACCCAGAGUCGGGAGGAAUCUCUCCAGAGGGUGCUGGAGAAGAUUGAUGAGUGGCUUCCUGCGGCAGGACUGCAGCUCUCCGAGGCAGAGCGGGUCAUGGUAACAGAGGCCAUGCAAUUCGGCAGGGGCCACUGGUACAGAUGCCCUCAGGGCCAUUUGUACACGAUUGGGGAAUGCGGCCGUCCAAUGCAGCAGAGCACCUGCCCCGAGUGUGGAGCUACCAUUGGGGGGCAAAACCACGCUCUCACUCGGGAUAACAUCGCCGACGAUCAAAUACUGGAACCCGCUAGCGCACAGGAGCGAGAACCACGUCUACAGGAUAGCAUCUUAGCUCUGCCCAGCUCCAGCGAUCAGCCAUGGUCCCCCACCUGCUGCCCGCCCAGCCCCCACCCUCAGCCGGACUCACCACCCCCUCGCCCGCCCAGCCCCCACCCUCAGGUGGUCUCAUCGCCCCCUCGCCCGCCCAGCCCCCACCCUCAACCGGACUCACCAAUCCAGCUCCCCAUGCCUGCCAGCCUUGCUAACCCCACACUCCCCCAGCCCCCCCUGCCAGCUGGCCUUGCCAACCCCCUGGCUGCUGUCAGGCCCCGCCAGCCUCGAACCCAGGCCCGUGGGCGUGCCAAGCAGGAGCCGUACUCUUUGCGCCACCGCGCGGCAAGGCAGGGAAACCGCUGCUAAUGCUCCACCUGCUGACUCAGCGGGGUCAGGUGACUAGCAGCAGACGGCUGAUUGGACACCACUGGGCAUAAACCUUCUUGCUCCUGUCCCACCCCUUGCUUGAGCAACCUGCACCAGGCGUGGCGCUGACUGGUCCCCGACAACCGAGUUCCUGGCUCCUUGUUCCUCCCCCUGACCCCAGUUACGGACUCCGGCUUUCACACCCGACAUGGCUUCUGACUGACUCGUCCCGGGACCCUUGGCGUGAUUCCUGUCCACGGCCCUGACUCUGCUCUGAGCUUUGACUGCCCGUGUAUGGGCCCUCGGUCUCUUCCGAGACUUGUUGCUGUUCCCCUGGACGGAGUAUGGACACUGCUGGGUCUUCCGCCACACCGACGCCCCAGGGACCUGUGCGUCUGCAGGAACACAUCACUGUUCUCCAAGCUGAGACCCAGAGCCUGAGAGAUCACGUAUGGCAACUGCAGACAGGAAACUUCUCCCUGCAGGUGCACAUUGCAGCUCUCAGAGCAGCUGCAGGGACCACGUCUCCCCUUGUGACACCAGCUGGGUAACCAGCCCUAGAGUUCCGCUCGCAGAUACACCACGGCACCAUCGGCAAGUUCUGCAGGUUUAUUACCCAAUGCAGACUCCUGUUUGUGCUCCAACCCCAGGAAUAUGCCGUGGACCAGGUCAAGGUGGGGCAGCUACUUAACUUGCUUACCGCGAAGGCCCUUGCAUAGGCUUCUCUGUUUCUAGAGCAAGACCACCCUGUGUCGACAUGCUGGGCUUCUUUCCUGCACUCAUUUGCGACGAAUCGGCUAAAGCCCACAUGGCGGAGAUUGCCUUACGUAAGGGGGUGGCCCCUUCCUAUGUCGCCCAGACAGCAUCUGCAAUCAUGUCACACUCCUCCAUCAGUUUCAGUUCAAUCAGUGUGAUGAAUUAAGGAUGGGCUGACAUGGGUAGAUGCUCCUGCCAAGUUGGAGGCUUUUAUGGACCUGUGUAUCAGGACAGACACCAGGCUCCAUAAAUGACAAAUGGAACGCAGGCAGACUCUGUCUACAUUCUGCACCUGCCCAAGGUUCAGGCCUCAGACUCAAGGAAGCCUGGUCCUGGUCAAGCCCACGCAGAUAGAUGUGGUGCAUGUCUCCAGGCAUGUGAGUGCGCCGGAGAUGGGACAACCUGUUUCUACUGUGAGCAAAAAACCAGUCUGUGGUAAUUUGCAGAGAAAUGCUAAAUCUUUUUUUUUUGUUUAAAUAAAGGUUUUAAUACUUAAAUUUUAGCGAGGAAUAGAAAGAGAUUUGAUGUCUAUUAUAACAGGAGUUAAAAGUUUAAUUUUUUUUUACAUGGUUUAAGCAUGACUUGCUGUAUUCUUUUAAUGGUAAAAAUUAUGUCUGAAUUCUGU